GAUUAAAGAAAGAGAAAAGAAGAACCGAAUAACGACAAUUUCACCACUCACUCACUCCCUCUGCAAAGUUCUCCUCCCCAGCUAUAUAUGCUAUCUCCAACCGCUCACUCUCCCUAAACAAUGACAACACUUCCCGAAACCCCCACCGUUUCCCCCAUGGAAAACGAAAACACCAUCCUCCGAAACGGCACCGCCAAGAAACCCAAGCUCACGCACGCCAUUUCCGAGGCUGAGAUCCGCGAAGAAUUCUCCCACCACCAGCGCGGCGUCGCAAGAAUCAACAACGGUAGCUUCGGCAGCUGCCCGCGCUCCGUCCUCAACGCACAGUCCAUCUGGCAGCUCCGCUUCCUCCAGCAUCCCGACGACUUCUACUUCAACACGCUCCGCCCCGGCAUCCUCGCCUCACGCGCCGCCAUCAAAGAUAUCAUCAAUGCCGAACACGUGGACGACGUCUCGCUCGUCGACAACGCCACCACCGCCGCCGCCGUCGUCCUCCAGCAGAUCGGCCGCCACUUCGUCCGCGGCCACUUUCACCGCAACGACGCCGUUGUGAUGUUCCACUGCGCCUACCAGGCCGUCAAGAAAUCCAUCGAGGCUUACGUCACUCCCAUCGGCGGCACCGUCGUCGAGGUCCAGCUCCCCUUCCCGGUCCGCUCCGAGGAAGAAAUCGUAACGGAAUUCAAGAAAGGCCUCGAGAAUGGUAAACUCAACGGCGGAAAAGUUAGGUUAGCGGUAAUCGAUCAUAUAACUUCCAUGCCUUCGGUCGUUCUCCCCGUUCGCGAAUUAAUUAGGGUUUGCAGAGAGCAUGGAGUGGAACAGGUUUUCGUCGACGGCGCUCACGCCAUUGGAAGCUUGCACGUUGACGUUAAAGAAAUUGGAGCUGAUUUUUACGUGAGUAAUUUGUACAAGUGGUUUUUCUCGCCGCCUUCGGUGGCGUUUUUGUAUUGUAAGGAAAAAUCAAACGACGUGCACCACCCUGUCGUUUCCCAGGAGUACGGGAAGGGGUUACCGGUUGAAAGUGCGUGGGUUGGGAUGCGUGACUAUAGCCCGCAGCUCGUUGUGCCGUCGAUUUUGGAGUUUGUGAAUCGGUUUGAGGGUGGGAUUGAGGGGAUAAUGAAGAGGAACCAUGACGGGGUUGUGAAAAUGGGGACAAUGUUGGCGGAGUCUUGGGGAACGGUUCUAGGUUCGCCUCCUGAGAUGUGUGCUAGCAUGAUUAUGGUGGGGUUGCCUUCUAGGUUGUGUGUGAUGAGUGAUGAUGAUGCAUUGAGGUUAAGAUCCUACCUUAGGGUUUAUCAUGAAGUUGAAGUUCCUGUGUAUUACCAGGCUUUGAGGAAUGGUGAUAGGGAUCCUAGGGACAAGGAUGGGUUUAUAACUGGUUAUGUAAGGAUCUCUCACCAGGUUUAUAAUACUGUUGAUGACUAUGAGAGGCUUAAGACUGCGAUUAAUCAGCUUGUAGAGGACGGGAAAGUUUGCAGCGGGAUUCCUACGGAGUGAUUUGAAAGAAAAAGAAUGAAUGAGGUAAUGGCAAAUGUUAAACUGUAGGAGCCCUCUUGGAAUAACCUAUACGAGGUUAACUUUGUAUGCUGGGACUCGUAAUUGUUGAAGAAUAAAGAGGAUCUUACUGGAGGGUGGAUUUUGACAGCUACAUAAUGAAGUUUAAGAAAGCUGAUGUUUGUGAGCCAUUGUUUUCUACUUCUAGUUUUUGGCGACCUGAUAGCAUUCUUUUUAGUUCUUCUAAUGGAUUCAAAAUGAGUUUCUUUCAUGAGUUAACUGCUUCCCUAUCAUUGGCUAGUGGUUUGUAUGUUGAGAUUUUCUUCUUGGUAACUGGGGCAAACCAAGUUUAAAUCCUGCCUUGGUGCUGAAAACCAAAAGUGGAUAACUACUCUGUAAGAAAGCCAAGACAUGGCUGUAACUACAAAUUUUAAUUCAUAUUUUGCUUACUAAUCAACGUAGGGAAUUCAGAGAUGAGCACUGCCAAUAUUAACUACAUGUAGAAUUGAUUCCUUUUAAUGUAGUUUGCUGCUAGACUGUUAGUGUUA